AUGCGACACUUCGAGCCCAAGGACAACCUCAACCAGUAUCUCAGGACCUUCGACAAGGCGCCAUACCUUUGCUUCGACAUCGAUGAAGAGACUACUGCCUGUUGUCGCAACAAAGUUCUCGAAGUUGCCCUCACCCUCGGUGACCGCGAUGCGCUCGCUGGAUCCUUCAGCAAGGCAGGUUGUCUCAACGUUCCCGGCUAUUGCAACGGCAUAGGGUUCACUACCAACUCUGGCUCGAGGUCGGAUAUCCGGACCGAGAAGCUCACCAAGCACAAUGAUAUGUGCCUCUUCGAUGGUGACUGCGGUUCGUGCAGCAAACGCUACUCAUUGGCCGCAUCCGACCUCAAGGACAACCUCAUAACAGGAAUACCUCCUGUGACAGGCAAUAAUGUCGACCUCAACGUCGAAGAACCUGGAACAUGGCGUUUGUCGAAUGUCUUGGGCACCGAGCGACACGGCAGAGCAUGGUUAUAA